UUCGGCAGCUAUAUAUUCCAAGACGGAACCGAAUCGUUUACAUCGCCCGCAGUUCGUUCCCCAGUCAAAUUUGUGUGUUGUGUGCGCCAAUUUCAGCGGGGGCCAAAAUCAAUAAUCUGGUUGUGUGAUUUUCGCGGCUUUUUUUUUGUGUUUUCUUUUAAAAAACAAUCAAUACCCGAAGAAUGGGCACAGAAACCAAGAGCAACAGUUACACAGGACAGAUUUCAACAAGUGGCGGCAACCCCAAAGUGAUGAAAGAUUCUUUAUCCUUAGUUCGUCAGACGGUCAAUCAGCAAACGCUAUCGCAAUCGAACCAGGUCCAGAACCAAUUGAAUUCACAUUCAAAUUCCAAUUCGUAUCCAAAUCCAAGCGAGAGCGAAAACAAAAACAAAAACCAAAACGAAAACAACGAGCACGAACAAAAUACGCGUGAUAUUCGAGCAAAACAGGAGGAUAAAUCCAGAAAAGAGGCGAUUGUACCCUUUGUCCCCAUAUUUGUUGAGGAGGCUGACGUGAUUCAAGGGGCCAAGGAACUGUUGAAGGUUAUUCGACCGACCUGGGACCUCAGCCACGUCGAGUUUAAGAGUUUUACCGAUGGCAUCACAAACAAACUGGUCGGAUGUUUUCAUAAAGAGAUCUCCAAAUUGAGCGAUGAAAACGGCGGACCGUAUCUACCUAUCAAGACGAAGACUCAGGGUCUGUCGCCGGUUCAGUCCGAGGAUCCAGUCAUCAUCGAGAAGGACGAUGAUGACUACACAGACGAUCGGGCAGCGGACGAUGGCUCACCUGUACAGUACUCCGAUAACGUAGUGCUGGUCAGGAUAUACGGCAACAAAACGGACCUACUGAUAGAUCGCAAGGCGGAGACGCAAAACUUUCUUCUACUGCAUACGUAUGGGCUAGCGCCAUCGCUGUAUGCCACGUUCAAGAACGGUCUCGUCUACGAAUACGUACCUGGAACCACCCUGAAUACGGACAGUGUGCUCUGUCCAGAGAUUUGGCCCUUGGUCGCCCGUCGCAUGGCCGAAAUGCAUCGCAAGGUGAGAAAGCACGGGGAAAGUUCGGCGACCAAACCCAUGCCGAUGAUUUGGAAGAAGACGCAGAGCUUUCUUGAUUUAGUACCUGAACGUUUUAGUGAUGCUGAAAAACACAAAAGAGUGAAAGAAACGUUUCUACCUAUCGGCCGCCUGCGCGAGGAGUUCAAUAAGCUAUAUGAAUACCUUGAGGCUCUGGACAGUCCGAUUGUCUUCUCCCACAACGACCUUCUGCUGGGAAAUGUGAUCUACACGCAAAGCCUGAAUACGGUGAACUUCAUCGACUACGAGUAUGCCGAUUACAAUUUCCAGGCCUUCGACAUUGGCAACCACUUUGCGGAGAUGUGCGGCGUCGAUGAGGUCGACUACUCCCGCUAUCCCAAGCGCGAGUUCCAACUGCAGUGGCUGAGGGUCUACCUCGAGGAGUACCUACAGCGCAGCCACAUUCAGAACGAUGAAGUCGAACUGCUCUAUGUCCAGGUCAAUCAGUUUGCGCUGGCAUCGCAUAUCUUCUGGACGGUGUGGUCCCUGUUGCAAGCCGAGCAUUCCACUAUCGAUUUCGACUACGUAGGCUAUGCAUUUCUUCGCUAUAAUGAGUACUUGGCUCGAAAGGUGGAGUUUCUGUCAUUGACUGCAGCUAAGAACAAUAAGUGAUUUCUCUCUCCCGGCCACUCAGCGCAUUGGGAGUUACUAAAUUAUGUGCCCAGUGAUAUAUGUAUAAACUAAGGCUGGAACGGCUCUCAAUGUUAUACAUAUGUAUAUAUAUAACGUGUGUUCAGAAAUCAGAAACAAAACCGAAACAAACUUAAAUUAGUGUCGUGUUCGUGCCAGCCUUAGUGUAUGUACAGUGCUCACUCGAAACAGUGGACUAAUGAGAACCAAGGGUGUGCACUGAAUCGAAUUUGUUCACUAUAACGAAUCACAACAAUACAAAAUUUAAAAUAUUAAAAAAAAACACCUCGUUUUCGAAAACACAAAAUUUGAUUUUUUUUUUUACUAAGUUAGAAAGUUUCUAAAAUUUCAUAAAAUAAUCGUUCACUUUUACUAAAAGUUCACAUAUUCGAGUGUUCACUCUUAAGGGAGGGCACUGUAUAUAUAAAGAAUUUGUAUAUGUUCUUUAAUUUGUAUAAAUUGAUAUUUUGUAGUCAUAAUAAAGCGAAGGUAUGUACUUUAAAAUAAAA